UAGUACCAACAUAAAGGUAUAAACGAGGUACCUGUCUUUAUCAAUUUUUUUUAAAAUGUAAACAAGGAAAUGUCUACACAUUUUUUAGCUAGUGACUAGUUUUCCGAAAAGUUCACAUUUCAUUACCGGUCAGUUUCUGUCGGUGAGAGCGAUGUAGAAAGUUGUUUUUGAACUGUAUCGGGAAAAUAUAAAAACAUUUGACGUAAAUAAUGGCCAAUGAUGUAAUUAACGUCUUGAUUAAUUUGGUAAAUUUCUAUAAAUAGGUAAAUUUUCUAUGUGUUAAGAAAGACACAUAUUUGUAAAAACUGAGAGUAAUCAAUAUCUAUUUUCCCGAAUGCGUGCGCAGGUUCUCAUUUAGAAAUAAAAUCCACAAAAACAUUUGUGUAAAUAGCUCAACAGAAAUAAGUUCAGGAUCGUUGGAAUAACCUACAAUGAGUUUAUAAGGGUAACAUUUGUUUACUCACCAUGCACGGCUUUAAAAUUGGGUAGCAGUUUUGUUGUAUAUGCCGGAAAACCCGCUGGUUACCGUGUGCAACAUAAAUCUGAGAAAAAUGGGGUCUUCUACAAUACCUGUGCUUCUAGUCACUGCAAAUGUUGGGUCGGUCUUUGAAGACCCAGCUGACUUGCCCAAAAUAUGGACUGAAGAAUUUCUGUCAACAGUAGCGCGGCUUGAUCCAAAGUUCAUCGCGCUACAUUGCCAAGAGGUUGGCGGAAAAAACUACGAAUUAAGUAUGAAACAUGUCGAGAAUUUCGUGCAGUUACUUAUGUCAAGUAAUGAACUACGCUUAUUCGAUAAAAUCAGGGUAUUUUUAGAUGAGGAUUACAGCUCUACUGAAAAUUUUACAGCGUUGGGUAAUUUAUAUUUUAUACACGAAACGUUAGAGAACAUUUUGAUAUGGGAUUUUAAGGAAUCCCACUUUUUACCGGUACAGGGUAAAGAAAUCCAUUCUGGCAAUAUCGAAGCCGUUGUAACCAAAGAAAAAGCCAAGUUCCCGCAAGACUUUUUCCCAGAGUGUAAAUGGUCCCGAAAAGGUUUCAUGCGUACCAGAUGGUCGCUAAACGGUACCAUAGUAGACAUGGUAAACAUUCAUUUGUUUCAUGAUGCUUCGAAUAUAGUAGCGAUGGAAUCGUAUCCCUCAGUAUACUGUAAGACUAGACGCAAAGCGCUGCAAUAUACAUUGCAAAGGUUUCAUAAUGACCAUUAUGAUAACGCACCGUACUUCCUGUUUGGAGAUUUUAAUUUUAGGACGGACACCGAUGGUGUCGUUAAGAAACUUACGGAUGGACUGAAUACAACUAGGAUUCAGAACAAUAAAAAUAAUGAAUAUACUAAACUUCAAUUUACCAAUGACGAAAGCAAACUAGUUUUGACUGUUGGUAAAAAGGAGUUCAACCAUUCCGAGCAUCAGACUGUAUUUUUGGAACCUACUUCAGAAUGGCUGAAGACGUUCGACAAGGAGCUGGAAGCCUUCGAAGAUACCCUGACUGAAUUUCCAGUGACCUUCCCCCCUUCCUAUCCGUUCGAGGAGAAAAUCUCCCGUCCGACUUGCUACAUGCAAACCAGAUGUCCAGCGUGGUGCGAUCGAGUGUUGCUCAGCAACAACGCCAAACAGCUAGUUGACGAGACCAAGGAGGUCGAGUACAGUUUGAUGGGCGUCAAUACUUGUAUGGGAGACCAUAAGCCAGUUUUUCUGGAUUUUCAUCUGAUUACUAGUGAAUAAGCCAGUAUACCUCCAAGUAGACCUCAAGGAGAACGCAGGUACACUUGUGUGUUGUGAUCACGCCCCGUUAGCUUGCUUGCCUGAAAAAUGCCAGUGUUGCGAAUCUUACGCUUCUAUAAUGAUCAAUAUUAUCGAUCUGAGUGAUAAUACGAACAUAAGAACUAGUUUCCCUAGCGUGGUAGAUUCGAAAUUGUUGCACCAACCCAUAACCCGAGAUAUGCUUAUGCAUGAACCUUACACGCCCGAAAGUGUCGACUCACAUUCCUCGUCUCCUAUCGAAAAAUCCGAAGAGAUGGCCGAAAGAGCGAGGCAAGGCUCUGUGUCUCCCACUCAACUCAAGACGAAACUGGAGAGCAUCAUCAGAGCCGAGCUGCAAAAUUCGCCGAAGAUGAUCAGGCGAUCCGCUUCGGAGGAUGUCGAUUCCUUUAAACUGAACAACUCGAGGUUCCUACGGUGUAGAACGAUGUCGGAAGUUCCUAAACCCGCUAGAGCGAGGUUGAUAUCCACAGAAGAAAUGGGAUCCCUACACAGAUUACACAGUCAUCAUAGUUCGUCGGAUGAAGACUGGUUCGAGUUUCACAACGAAUCGUCGAUGAAACAUCAACAGGUCAGGUUGACCUGUUCCCAGGACAACUUGAAGCAAAUCACAAAAGACAUACGCACUUGCAAGGAUGACAGCCCCAAAAAGCACUGUUGUAGCAUCAAAUUCGAUUUGCACGAAGGUAUACAUUGCUGCAGUAUAUCAUGAUUUAGUUUGUUUUGUUUUAUUUUGAUUGCUCCUUUUGGCUUGCAGUGUUGUAGUUUGUGCAGUGACGAAGUCAGUGGUUGAGAGUCAUUCCAGUCAAUUUUUUUCUCCUGUUUCAAUAGGCUCAUCCUAUGAAGACUGAAAAACAGUUUGAUGUUGAACCGGAAACACAUGUGGUUUUAUUGGCCAAACACGGGGGUUAUUUUCGAAAGCAUCUCUCAACCGCUUGCUUGUUCCUUUGAUGUCGUAGAGUUGUGCAAUAUUGAUCAAAAGACGUUGGUACUAAAAGAAGUUGAUUUCCUAAAAUAGGCUUGUGCUCGACUGAAUGCAGUGCGGUUAAAAUGUCGGACUGUAGUGUAUCGAAAAUAGAGGGAGAGGGAGACUUGGAUCCAAAUACUAUCAGCCGGUACAUAUGCAUACAGAACAUAGAUAAUCCAGUAAAAAUAUUUAGAGAAACAGCCGUUUAAUUGUUUAUGUAUCAGUGUUUUUGUUGAUGUAAAAUAUAAGCUAGGAGACAGUUGGUUUUUGAAAGAGUGAAAGGCGGUCAGUUUUGCGUGUAUUUGAUAAAAAUAGUGUCCAAAUUAAUGAAUUUAUGUUAAGAUGUUAGACGCAUGCUAACAGCAUGGAGAACUGGGUAUCGUUUGAUAUUAUAUGGACGAUAAAUUGGCACAUAGACACAAUGUUCAAAUUAUGGACACAGUUUACAAUCGUUCUAUCAUCUCUCCUGUGGGAACCGUAACCAAAAACUAUUCAAAAAUGUAGAGUUGAGUAGUUCGGUGAAAUGUAGGAUAUCCGACUACAUAUUUGGGAAUUAUUAAAGAGAUUAUCCGGCCAGGUAGUAUUUUUGAACUGUUGAUAUACCGGGUUUCCCUAGCAGGUGGCUCACAGCUAUAUACAGGGUGUCCGCAAAGUUGGGGUUUUCCUUUUCAGAAACAACUACCCUUGAAAUAACAAAGGUAAUGCGUAGUGAAACGAGGGCGACCAAGU